AAUUCUAUGAGUUGGUUCACGCAACAGCUGGGCUAUUGAUGCGGGAGUUAGAGCUGGUGUUAUGUGAAUACCUGGCUAAACAGACAACAGUUGGCUCGUGGCUGCCGCAGGAUAAACUACAAGUAUCGGGAUUCAGUGAUUAAGAAACUUGUAGCAUCGAGAUACAGUGAUUAGAAUUCACCUAGGAUACUAUUGGUGUUCAGUAACAUUGAGAAACAGCAUGUGACAGUGACAAGACAGCCAGCAAAGAUGGACUUCAUGAAUACGAGAGGGUGGUGCCAGGCAAUACUGGCGUUCUUCUUGGUGCAGAUCAUUGGCUGUUACGGUUAUGCCAAUAGAAGUGUAAGUGCCUGUUUUGACACACAGAAAACAAUACGACUUGCAUGUGAUGCGGGCUACAUGGUGCGAAUAAUUCAGACAUUUUAUGGAUACAGCCAUACGGGACAGUGCGCGUUCAAAGAUGGCGACUGUAAAUUAGUGGAUAAAGAACACUAUUCUUGCAUCGGGAAACAAUGGUGCGUGAUCAACUUGCCGUCUGGGAAUCUCGGUAAUACAAUCCCAGGAUGCAGCAAUAAAAGGAGUACAUAUGUUCAGGCGGAUUACGAGUGCAUAAAAGCAUCAGAAACCGUGGACAUUUGUGCCGUCUCUGAAGUCACGUCUCAAUACGGAUACAUAACGACACCGCACUAUCCACGGAAUUACCCAAACAACAAAUCAUGCACAAUAACAAUCAGGGGACGCCCCACCCAGACAUUUACCAUAGAUGUGCUAGACUUUUAUCUUCCUGUUCCAUCACAAACAGGCUGUGGUGAUAAGCUCCGCCUAUCGAGCUCCACCAGGGAAUUGACACUAUGUGGAAAUCGGUGGAACGAUAGGAUAUUUACCACGUAUCAGAAGAACACGUCUGUAAAGUUGGAAUUCACGAGUGAUGAAACUAGUCCAAUGAAGGGAUUCUGGAUUUAUUAUGAAGCAAUUCCUCUCAUACCAACUCCACCACCACCACCAACCACAACAUCAACAUCCACAACCCAAAAAGAAGACACUACGAGGCCAUCUGGUGGCAGCCCAGGGAACUCACAGAACACUUCAGAUGGUACCGAGGACAUUGUGAAGGAGAAAAGACGCACAGGGCUGCCCUAUCCAGCAGCUGCCAUCAUCGGUGGAGUGAUUGGAGGCCUGCUCCUUAUCUUGGCAAUCCUAGUCAUACUGUUGCUGAUCAAAAGAAUCCGGGAACAUAAGCAGCUGAAAGCAUCGCGCACAGACCUGAAUACGAAACGAAAGACGUCAAAUUCACAUUUACAAAUCCAGAACAAUAUGGGAGUGACUUCACACAUUGACAAUAAUCCAAGUCAAUUCCCGAGUAACAAUACAUGUUAUAAUCAGAGCAACAAUGCAAACUUUCAUCCUGAAUAUGAGGGCAUGCGAAUGGAAAACAUCAACUCACAAAACAACUGCUCGGAUGGUGGACCAGGUAUCAUCAUGUGCUGAUGAGCAUUGGAAUGAAAAACCUUUACGUCCUUUAAAAGGAUGCUACAUGUGUGGUCUGUGGACAGAUAAUGCUGCUGAAACUGGAAUUUGUGACCGCAAAGACAGUUUCAAUUGACCAGAAACAUCACCAAGCACGGCCCAGUUGCUAGAAAGUUUGGUGUUGUGAACUAGAAUACUUUCUAACAACUGGAACCUGGUGGUCACGGAUCUGACCAUCAAAGGAUGUUUUAGACUGGCUCAUCUGUAUAGAAAUACAGGUGCGUUUAGUGUAAAUAGGUCUAAAUUAUUGACAUUUACUUGAUUUCCAGCAAUAGUUGAAGCACAUCUGGAAAUUGAUUUGUAAUAUAGAUGGUAGUUACAGGAGGAAUCAGACGAUACUUCGCUUCGAUGGAACUACUUGGUUUGUACAUAGGUGGCACUACUGCAUGCAUUUCUCAUUGUACAUUCAUGGCACAGUAAUGUAAUUUAUACGAAAUUGUACAUAAUUACUUGGGCACAUAAUUUUCAACUUCUAAUUUAUUUUGAAAUCUGUAAAAUACAGAAUAAAUGAAAGAUUUAUCGGAUAUACAUGUA